GUUAACGGGCACUCCUACCCAUCGUUUUAUCGACGACUCGGGGGGUGUUGCUUCCAGAUUUUCACCAAAUGACAACACUACAUUCAAUGUGUCUGAACACAAACGUAAAGGUCAAAAUGACGCUUUCGCUGAAAGGCGCUGUUGCGCGCUGGGUGGUGCUGAAAUCCAGUGCAUCAUCACCCGUGAUUGGCAAACCUGACAGUGAUUGACGUGUGUCCAUAGCAACCACCCAGCCAAUCUGACAAGUCCGAUAGAAUAUCGGCAGCAGGGGCUAAAUGUUCUUUUAUUUUCUUCCUCAGAAAACACUUUGGCUCCAGUUUUUAUGCCCACACGCCAUCUAAGAGGAGAUUUUGCUGUUCGGGCUGUUUGAGCCUGCCGCAUGGCAUCGCUCCUCAGCUUAUUGUUCGAAACAUCUAACUUUUUACAUUUUUGUUUGUCUAGAUUUCGCAAAGGCACAUAAUUAAAAGAAGCGUAAGACAGACUGGAAGCAACACGAAACGCCACAACCAAAAACGAGAAAGAUUACAGUCAGGAAGGAUAGGCAGGUCUCCAUGUUCCAGCUGCCUAUUUUAAAUUUCAGCCCCCAGCAGGUCGCGGGGGUCUGCGAAACGCUAGAGGAGAGUGGCGACGUGGAGAGGCUCGGGCGCUUCCUUUGGUCGCUCCCGGUUGCGCCGUCCGCCUGCGAAGUCCUCGGGAAGAACGAGUCCGUUUUGCGCGCGCGCGCUGUAGUGGCCUUUCACGCAGGCAACUUCCGCGAGCUCUACCACAUACUGGAGAACCACAAAUUCACCAAAGACUCUCACGCGAAGCUGCAGGCGCUCUGGCUCGAGGCGCAUUACCAGGAAGCCGAGAAACUCCGUGGACGCCCGUUAGGACCCGUGGACAAGUACCGUGUCCGAAAGAAGUUUCCACUGCCUCGGACGAUAUGGGACGGUGAACAGAAAACUCACUGUUUUAAGGAGAGGACGCGGCAUCUGUUAAGAGAGUGGUACCUGCAGGACCCUUACCCAAACCCGAGUAAAAAAAGAGAGCUGGCCCAGGCGACUGGACUCACACCCACACAAGUGGGCAAUUGGUUCAAAAAUCGGAGGCAAAGAGAUCGAGCGGCGGCGGCCAAGAACAGGCUCCAGCAGCAGGUUCUGUCUGGUGUCUCGAUCAGAUCGCUGGGGGACGAUGACACCACAGGAGAUCGACUGGGUCCCUCCUCAAGCCCGGAGGUCAGUCUCUCCAGCAAGGCCGCUCCCUCUGCCAUCUCCAUCACCUCAAGCGACAGUGAAUGUGACAUCUAACGCGACAGGCUUCAAAAGAGCAAACAGGAGAACUGUAAGAGACAAUCUAAAAACAAAACUUUCGUGCCUGUAACCGCCGAAAAAGAGCACAGAGGCUUUUUUAGCAGCUCGUUGAUGUGAUCAACAAAAAGGCGCAAUUCUUUUCACGAAGACAUGCAAAAGGAUGUUUUUGGGGGAAACCUUUAGGAUAAUAUCCGACGGCCGAACCUAUUGUUGUAUUUGUGAGUACUUAAUUAUGAAAAGACUGAAUAAUGUUUUAAUGUUUGCUUGUCUUUUAAUAUAUAAAAACGAUGUUUAUUUACAUAUUUAAAAUGUCAU